UCGAAACCUAUUCAUAAAUACGCUAUCUUCUGCUGCUUGUUGAUCAAACAGCAAGUAGCAGUCAUGUCUGAAUAGUUAGUGGUUCACUUUUUUGUCUUCCCAAGAGCUCUUUAAUUCCUAAGUAGACAGAUGUGAAAACUUUCCUUGGCUUCAGGCGCUUAAAGGCAGUUUCUGCUUAGAUUGAUAAGGUAUCAACUGGUGUCCUUAUGCUAUUCUAUGGCAGCAGAAUCCAUUCCUCUCAGUGAACUGCUGCAGUGCAUCGUCGAGUGUUCGCAGAAGGCGGCCAGGAUCGCCCAGAUCUUCCGGGACGAGAACGAUCUUUUCCAGCUGCUGGUAGAGGAAAAGACAGAGAUAGAGAAGAACAAGCGUUUCGUUCAAGAUUUCAAGACCCUAGCUGACGUUUUAGUUCAAGAAACUAUCAAGAGAGAUGUUGGAGUACAAUUUCCGGCAUUAAUUUCCAACAUCUUUGGAGAAGAGCAGAACAAAUUCCAGAAUUCUCUCGGAGAGUCGAUCGUGGUGGAUUUAACCGAGUCUGAAGAGGACACCGCCACUCUGCUGAACAAAGUCUUAGACGGGAGAGAUCACAUCGCCAAAUCUAUUGCUUCAGUGGUACAUUCCAGUGAGAAAACCUGUGAAAAACAGUAUUUAUCAUCCCGCCUUAUUCCUGCCAAUAACAUUGGAAUAUGGAUCGAUCCUAUAGAUUCAACGGCGGAAUACAUUCAAGCUAAAAAUGAAGAAAAGGAGUCCUUUGGCAUUCAGCAAUACGGUCUGAAAUGCGUCUGUGUGCUGAUUGGUGCAUAUGAAGUAAAUAGCGGAAAACCCAUUCUAGGAGUGGUCAACCAGCCAUUCUUCAAAAAGAAAACGGAUGGUUCUAAGUGGGAAAGUAGAUUUUAUUGGUCCAUUGACUACGGCCCAGAUCGCGCCAUAUCCACCACUUUAGAAAACGAAUCGCCCCAGCAAGAGAAAGUUGCAGUCCUUAGCAGCAGCGAGUGCAAAGAACUACAAGAUAUCAUAGCCUCCAAAUACAAUAUUGUCCACACGGCUGGAGCUGGCUACAAGUCUUUGGUCGUAGCUUGUGGCAUGGCGGACCUGUACAUACUUUCCCAGGGUACAACGUAUUUCUGGGACACUUGUGGGCCCCACGCAUUACUUUCGGCACAAGGUGGUGGAAUUGUGAGAUUCGAUGAAGUAGUUCAUGUAAUAUCUCAGGAAGAUCUGCUAGAAAAGCAGGUGAAAUAUUCGUCAGAGAGCGGAAGUGCUGGAAAUGAAUCAUUCCGAAAUGCAGGUGGUUUUAUAGCCUACAGGAAUCCCGGUGAUGUGAUAGAGCUGCUUGAUCUUCUUCGUCAGAAGGGAUAUUUGUUUAAUAAGUAAAAGAGAAAAUAAAUUUUAUUUUUAUAUAAAAA